AUGGGGACCACCAAGGUACUGCUCAUUUCUCCAGUUCUGACCCACUCCUGUACCAGGGGUCUGAUCAGGCCUGUGUCUGCCUCCCUCCUGAGUAGACCAGAGGCCCCAUCUAAACACCCUUCCUGGAGAGGCUCCCCUCUCCAAGUGGCCAGACAGGAAUUCCAGACCAAUGCUAUUUCCCUGGACAUCAACACAGCAGCCAAGAAUAUUGGUGCUGGGGCUGCCACAGUUGGUGUGGCUAGAUCAGGGGCUGGCAUUGGCACAGUGCUGGGUAGCUUGGUUACUGGCUAUGCCCAGAACCUGUCUCUCAAGCAGCAGCUCUUCUCCCAUGCCAUCCUGGGCUUUGCCAUCCUGGGCUUUGCCCUGUCUGAGGCCAUGGGACUCUUGUGUUUCAUGGUCACCUUCCUCAUCCUCUUCACCAUGUGA